AUGAGCGUCAUCCUCUGCACCGCUGGCUACGACCACACGAUCCGCUUCUGGGAGGCCCUGUCCGGCAUCUGCUCGCGCACCAUCCCUCACCCCGACUCGCAGGUCAACCGCCUCUGCAUCUCGCCCGACAAGCGCUUCCUCGCAGCCGCCGGUCACCACACGGUCAAGCUGUACGACAUCAAGUCCAGCAACCCGAAUGCCGUGCUGACGUUCGAGGGCCACACGGCCAACAUCACCGGCGUGGCUUUCCACUGCGAGGGCAAGUGGAUGGUCACUAGCUCCGAGGACGGCACCGUCAAGAUCUGGGACACGCGCAGCGGCAACGUGCAGCGCAACUACAGCCACGGCGGCAUCGCCGUCAACGACGUCGUUAUCCACCCCAACCAGGGCGAGCUGAUCAGCUGCGACCGCGGCGGCAACGUGCGCAUCUGGGACCUCGGCGAGAACAAGUGCUCGCACCAGCUAAUUCCCGAGGACGACGUUGCUGUCGCCUCCGUCACCGUGGCCAGCGAUGGCUCGAUGCUCUGCGCGGGCAACAACUCGGGCAACGUCUACGUCUGGCGCAUGAUCCAAGACCGCGACAUCACCUCGCUGGUGCCCGUGUGCCGCUUUGUUGCCCACAACACCUACAUCACCCGCGUCCUGCUGUCGCCCGACGUGCGCCACCUGGCCACCUGCUCUGCCGACCACACGGCCCGCAUCUGGUCCGUCGACACUUCGCAGCCGCACAAUGUCACGGGCGCCGAGCAGCUGCCGCUUGAGCGCGAGCCCGGCGCCUUUCCGCUGGAGACGACGCUGCACGGCCACCAGCGCUGGGUAUGGGACUGCGCCUUCAGCGCCGACUCGGCCUAUCUCGUCACCGCCUGCUCCGACCAUUACGCCCGCCUGUGGGAGCUGAGCUCGCAGUCCAUCAUUCGUCAGUACAACGGCCACCACCGCGGCGCUGUCUGCGUGGCUCUGAACGACACCGCAAUCAACUGA